AUUAGUAGAGAAGAAUCAGAAGCGCGCGAGGACUUUUUAAAGCCGCGGAAAUGAGGAAUGUGGAAAGUAGCGGUUCCCGAAAGAUGGAGAGAGAACAAGAACAGGUGAUCUUCUUCGUCUCUCUCUUCUUGGUCUCUGCUUUUUCUUCUUCAAAUUUGAGAAUUUGUGCGAGGUGUCUUGUCUGUGCUUUCGAUUUCUCUCGUUUCUUCUCUUCUUUCCCUCUUCUCUCCUCUCUUCUCUCUCCAGAUCACCGGCAUCGUUAUACACUCUAAAUCCACAGUAGAUAUGCGCAGAGGCGUACUUCCAACUCGGACAACUGUCCGGCGGGGGAAUAAUAACCGGAAAGGCGUUGUUCCGGCUAAUUACAGUUCUGUACUGUCUCCAUACCAGGAGAGAAGAGUCAACUUUCAUGGCAAUUCUCCGAAAGAUAAUCGAAAAUUGGAUAAUUUUGUUGUUGUGCUUCAGUCAGAGAAAAGUGGUUUCUGCAAGACCAGCAUAGAGGCUUUAAUUGCUUGUUGCAGUUCGAUACCUGAGAACUACUUUGUUUUCUCUCCUGAGUGUGUUGUGAUAGCGAAGCUGUUUUUCAAGCAAUGGAGUGAUGUAGUAGAAGCUCUGGUUUACUUCUGGGAGCAGCGACUCGAUGGCAUUCAUCUUCUAGAACCGUCCGUGCAACCUAACGAGUUCUUGCCUUCUGAUACGGAGGACUUAAAGGAACGGCUCAAAGACCUCUUUGUCUCCCGAGUCAAGAGUCUUUUGGACGGAGAGGAAGUCAAGCGAUGGCAGAAGAAGAUUGAGCAAGCCACUGAUGAGAUCGCUUACGUCUCGGCUUCACUCCGAAAGCCUCAGAGUAUCGUUGGUUUUGAUGAGCUUACGUUGAAGAAGAAGGGACUUGUUGCUACAAGGGAGGUUAUCAAGAAGAGAGUCAGGGAAUUUAAGUCUGCUAUGAACUGUAUACUCGAUUAUUUCAAUGGGUUGACGUCCCCAGACUGUUUUGAUGAUUCAAUUGAGGUGUUAAGGUUUAUUGGUGAUUUUGAUUGGAGUCAGAUUCAUCACGUUAUGCUGCGGGAGAUUCGUCGCCUUGAUGAGGGUUUGCCAAUUUAUGCUUCGCGGAAGGAAGUUCUCAAGGAAAUAAAUUGCCAGCAGGUACGUCUGUUCUCAAUGAUUUUCCCAUUGAGGUUCUUAUGGGGUGUGGAAAAACAUUUUAGCUGAAUCGACGAACUCAACGGCUAUUAUUCGUGUGAUAUUGAAUGUCCUGUCUUAAGCAGUGUUUACUGAUUAAAGCUUGUUGUGCCUACCGAAUUAUUCCUGCUAUGUGCUUUUUGUUGACGUCACCCUCUUAUGGUU